ACUAAUCAUCAUGUGGUUCAUUCCAAAAUUAUGACUAAGUCACACUUGAUUUGACGAAGCAUUCGACUGCAAACAAAGGUCGCGUACUCCGUACAGCUAAUUCCAUCGGACUUACCAAACUCCCUCGUGAGGCUGUUUGUUGACAGUUAUUACGUGGUCAAACUCCUUUCCGGUUUCUGUAUAUCCUCAUCCCGCAUAUCGCGCGAGUGUUCACCUCGAUUUUCCAAUCGUUUACUAGGAUCUUCGGGUAGCGCACUCGGUGACUACUCGAAGUCCGAGGCCUGCCCCCAUUUUAUCGGAGACACCGAGCUAACCGCUUCGACUCCUUGCCAUUGAUUGUUGCUAUAACUACUGCGCGAGUCCCUUUGUCAUACGAGACUGACGGCUCCAUAAAACGUCACGGUCCAAUUGCUCGGAAUAUAAGUAUCUCCGAUUGAGUGCAGAGUCAUUGGAUAACGAAUUGAGAUUUCUUCUGCUCAUUGUGUACAAGCUAUGUUCUAAAACUUACAUUGCACAAUUGGUUGGAAGUCUUCUGUAGGGAAUUCUUUUGGAGCCUCCCUUGACACUUUUGAUCCUUUCCCUAGCCCUGGAAAGGUAUUUCGGGAUCCACAACACUUUUAUAAAAAAGCCUUCCUACCACGUCCACAAUCUGCGAGAUGGGGCGCUUAAGUUACCCUCAAGAGCUGGACAGUCCGUCCCGGCAACUCGUGCUAGACUUGGCUCGAGAUCUAGAGCAACUCCGCGUUCACAAUACCGAAUUGAAGAAAGUCAAAGCCUAUGAACGCCGAUCCUUCUACGAGUCUCUUGAUCGGAUCGAUAGUGAACUAGAAGCCCAACACAAUGAAGCCCUUGAUAAAGUUGCUAAACUACAUGACCAAGUGCUGGAAGAAGCCGAAGAAACUUUGCGAGUGCAUCAGCGAGCGGUAGAGGAGGAGAAUCGCCGCAAGGAGGCAGAAGCCCGCCGGGAGGCGGAACGCAUCGAGCGUGAGAAAGCGGAAAGGCAACGCCGCGAGCAGGAAGAAGCUGCACGCCGAGAGGCUGAGCGAAAGGCGGUAGAAGAAGCCAGAAAGAAGGCUGAAGCAGAGGCGGAAAGGCAACGACGGGCAGCGCAAGAGGAAAAGGAACGGAAAGAGCGGGAGCGAUUGGAGGAAGAGAACCGCAAGCGUCAAGCAGAGGCACAGAAAGCGGAGCAAGAAGCGGCAAGGCUGAAGGCUGAAGCUGCACAAAAAUCACGGGAAGAGCAGCAGAAGAAGGUCGGUGGGGCGCGACUGACGGAGGAAGAGAUCAGUGUGCAAGCACGCUAUGUAGAGCUGCACCAGCAUCUCAAGAAGUUUAGACAAUACCUGAAGGAUGAAGGAAAAUCCAACGUGGUGGUCAAACAAAACAUGGGUGACAUGCGUCGAUCGAUCAAGAAAUGUGUUGGCCAGCUACGAGAAGGAAAAGGGACUAACAAGGGCCAGCUUCAAGAAAUUCGCGCGACCCUUGAGAAAGCCGCUUCGAUCCCCGAUCCAUCUGUCGAUAUCCGACAAUUCAUGGCCUUUCCGCCAGAGGACAUUGCCAAUUCCGAAGACAACAAGGUGCCGGCUCUGUUAAUCUACGCCCUGAAUAUAUUCUCGAAAUCUUUAAUCUCGUCUCUGAUCGCGGAAGCUUCUAUCAAUCCCGGCCACGCAGAACCAGUUGGCAUUGUAGCUGCGCAGAUCUUCUCAACGGACGCCUUUGUUUAUAAAGGUCAUCAUAUGAUUGACAUACUCUGGGCCAAGUAUCGCGUCGUCUGUCCUGCACUCUGGGGAUUCUACGGCAGCGAAAAGACCGAAGCCGGCAGGCGUGCCUUAGGAUGGUGGCGAGAAGCACCUGGAGGUCCUUUCAUCAGUGAACAGGGCCAUAUGGACCGAAUGACAGCCCUUGGUGCUGGGUUUGCGGCACUAACUCUGCGCAAUUUUGGAAAAACCCCACGGAAGAAUCCAUUUCCCAACCACAUGUUUUGGCUUGCGAUGCAUAGGAUUUUGAUGAUUCCCCCGAGCGAGAUUCAGGAGACACACGUUAUCCUGCUUUCGGCAAUGCUCAAAUCUUCUGCGGAAAGGAUCGUCGGCUUCUUUGGCCAUAUUGGCCUGGCUUUGAUGAGGAAGGCCAUAGUUGAUUUACCAAACAGCGUUCCUCGCCAGAGUAUGGGCGUUAAUCAGCUGAAACUUCUGAAAGACUUAUACAAGCGAGAGAAGAACAUUAUCAUCUGAGAAAGUAUGACCGGAUAUAGUUCCUGUCGGCGCAGCGGAAUCCGGCUAGGGGCUUAUUGCGAGUUGUCCAUUCUUGAACCUUACCGAAGGACAAAUGGAAGUGUGCAAAUAUUAAAUGUCGCACGAUAAGUCGAUAAGCCCCGACAUAACCCCGAAGCCGACCGUAGCAUCACCGCCAG